AGACCUUAGCUUCUCUGAUGAGCCCAUCGAGCGCAAGUUAGCUAAUGUCGCUUUGUAUUUAAAUAGAAAGAGCGGGCCCGAGGCGUACGCUAGAAUCUGGCCCUUCUUCGGCUUCAAACGGGGCGUUGUUGACAUGUCAGCACAUGAAGAGAAAGGGGAGGACGAGACGAACAGCUCCUAAUGCACCCCUCCUCGCCUUUCUCUCUCUAUCUCCAAUGGAAUUUUUGCAGGACACCGGGAUCCGCGUCUAUCGAUUUCUGCAACAAAUUCGGUUCAUCACUUCACCUCUCCUUCGCGGCUAACAACCAUCACGACGAAUCUCUAGUCCAGCCUCUGUUGAGUCUAUAGUUUGAUUGAAUUUCGAGGCAUGGAGGACUAGAGCAGAACAACUUCUACAAGGAGGGAACUUUUUCUGAUUUAGGGUGAGAACGAUGUCCGCGAAGAAUGAACGUCAAAUGGUGCCGCUAGCAGUUUUGCUCAAGCGUGAAUUGUCUAAUGAGAAGAUCGAGAAACCAGAAAUUGUGCACGGUCAGGCCAACCAGAGCAAAAAGGGGGAGGACUUUACAUUAUUAAAGACAGAAUGCGAAAGAGUACCAGGAGAUGGGGUUACGACAUUCUCAGUCUUUGGACUAUUUGAUGGUCAUAAUGGGUCUGCAGCUGCUAUAUACACUAAGGAGAAUCUGUUAAAUAAUGUUUUGGCUGCUAUUCCUUCAGAUCUAAGCCGAGAUGAAUGGUUAGGAGCAUUGCCAAGGGCUUUGGUUGCAGGGUUUGUGAAGACGGAUAAGGAUUUUCAACAAAAAGCUCAAAAAUCUGGAACAACUGUCACUUUUGUGAUAAUAGAUGGAUGGACCAUAACUGUAGCAUCAGUUGGUGAUUCUCGAUGCAUAUUUGAAUCUGCUGAUGGUGUCAUAUAUUCUUUGUCUGCAGAUCAUAGGCUGGAAUGUAAUGAAGAAGAGAGGGAACGCAUAACUGCAAGUGGUGGUGAGGUUGGUCGGCUUAAUACUGGUGGUGGCGCACAGUUGUCAACUGCUGGGGGUAGGCUUAUCAUCUCAAGUGAUGGUGUUUGGGAUGCUUUAUCAUCAGAAAUGGCUCUAAAUUGUUGUCGUGGGAUGCCAGCAGAUGCUGCAGCUGCCCAGAUCGUCAAAGAGGCGGUGCAACCAAAGGGACUCCGAGAUGAUACCACAUGCAUUGUUGUUGAUAUACUACCGCAGGAGAAAAAUCCUCCUGUUUCAAAGAAGCAGGGGAAAGGAGUAUUCAAGUCAAUGUUCUGCAGGAAGUCAUACGAGUCGACUUCUGAUUGGGAAAAGGAAUAUUUAGAGCCAGAUAUUGUGGAGGAAAUGUACGAGGAAGGAUCUGCUUUGCUUGCAGAUAGGUUAGAUGUAGAAUAUCCCCUGUGCAACAUGUUCAGGUUGUUCAUGUGUGCAGUUUGCCAGGUAGAGAUGAAACCUGGAGAGGGCAUUUCAGUGCAUGAAGGCUCAUCAAAUCCAGGAAAAGCGCGUCCCUGGGAUGGCCCUUUUCUCUGUUCAAGUUGUCAGGCAAAGAAAGAAGCCAUGGAAGGGAAAAGACCAAGAGAUAGUGAACGUGACUGGUAAAUUCUUGGUGGCAAUGUCAUGAUUUUACAAUACUUGGUGCUAACAAUUGUUUCAGAACUGACCAGAAAUGGAAAAUCUGGGCCCUUGUUCUGGUACUAACUGUUCAUUCACUCAUGAUGGGAUUGAACAAAUGGGCUCUAAUCUGAAGUGACCACCAAGACCCAUUGAUAAAUCACUUGUUAUGCUGCUUCAACACAGAAGAUCAGGGGCUUGAGCUUUUUUGUUUAUUUACAGAGUUGUCUUCUGAUUUGAGGAUUGAUGUAUUGAUCUUCCCUUUUUUCUUCGAAUGGUUUGCAAGUGGUGAAUUCACCAAGCACAAGAGAUCUCUGACAACUGUGAUAGACUCAUUUUCUUUUUGAGAUCACUUCAUUGUAUAUGGGUUCAAUUAAGCAGCCACCACUGUAAUAUGUAACACCCUAAUACGUUGGAAAUUUGUAUUAAUUUUUAGAUUAAAAAG